GAAUACCAGUACCAACGUUCCAAUUAUCCGCUUCGAUUCUGUAUACAAGGAAAGAAACUGAAAAAAACAGAGAUGUUCAAUAUUACCACAGAAGCGUAUUCCGCUCGAUCGACAGAUUUCCUCAAUUAGUAUGGAAGCGAUCGUACUUGAAUCAGCACCGAUAAUUUCUCGUUCCCGGUCGCGACAACACGAAUCGUGCUUUUUUAUUUUUGUGAAUUAAACAGUGAAAGGUGGACGCAAUUCUACUAAAAAAUUCCUCGGUUAUUUUUCACGAAGAACGGAGUUGUUUGACAUUUCAGAGGCAUGGAGGGAAAGGAAGCAAGCACAUCGUCGUUCCAAAUGAAGGACGUAAAGUCGGAGACACCUCCCUCGAGUUCUUCGAAUAGUUCGAACAAUUUGGAAACCACCAGCGGGAGACGAAGCAUGUACGGCACAUGCGUUACGGCAGUUGACCUUAUUAACCAUAUACUCAUCGUCGGUGUGACAGUUUUUCUUCUUUACUAUUCGAUGCGUUCCUUCGGCGUGAUGGAUUUACACGUCACCCUUUGCACCGUGGGGUACGUCCUACUCAUGUCAGAGGCCAUUGUCGUGCUAGCCGAUGGGAGCAGCUUGACGAACUUUCUUACCCGUCGUGCCAAGAGCCACGUCCACUGGAUCCUGCAGUUACUCGGAGCGAUCUGCGUGGUCGCUGGUAUUGUGCCCAUGUAUCGAGUGAAGACCGUUCAUUUCCAGUCGAUCCACGCGAUCCUCGGGAUCGCGUCAACGGUGAUCAUGCUGUUCCUGGUAGCCUUUGGUUACCCGGUCCUCGUAGCGGCGAAACUUCGCGCGGUAAUCAGACCGGUGGUCAUCAAGUUUUCCCACAACUUCUUGGGCAUCAGCUGCUUCGUAUUGGGUAUGGCUUCCCAGUGCUACGGAUACAAGAAAUCCUGGCUAACCUACGUCUCCAAUGUACCUAAUAUUCAACUAAUCUGCAUAGUCGUUACCGCGUUAAUCACUAUACUUUCGUUGAGAGGAGCCUUGCCGACGCUAUUCAAGCAAUUCAUGACGAUGUUUCGAUAAACCGAUCAGAGUCUCUAUAUUAGAGAUCGAAGAUAGAGUGUUAGAACAGACAGAGGCAUCAGGGCAAUCUCUUGGAACGGUGAAAAUUGGACUGUCGAAAAUUGAACCUUAGAUUUAUUCACUGUGCCAGGAGAAAGGAAAAUUGAGAUUCGUAUUCUUGUUCAAAAAUGGCCCUGAUGAUCAUUUCUGUUGUAUUAGAUGUAGAAGGACAACUGGUAGCGAAAUCUAAGACUGUUCAAAUGGAUUCUUCUUUCAUUCUAGUAAAUAUAGACUGUUCGAAGAUCGACGUGGCUGUUGUCAAAGCGAACGUUAAUCGUGUGUAAAUUACCGCGCGCAUAUGUAUCGAAAGCAAACGUUGACACGAGCGUAAUUCAAUUUUUAGCGAUACACGGAGCACAAGACCAGAGUACACAUAGGGAAAUCACAUCAUCGUGUCUGGAAAAUACGCGUUACGUGAACGAACACGGGAUCAAAGAUCAAUUAUAUAAAGUGAUUAGGCUUGGACGUCGCGAAUAUUUAUCGUCGAUAGUGGGCGUUCAAAAGCGACCGUGUCGAGAAUUUUUUUGUCACAAUCGUGAACGAUUACGGCGAAUUGACAUUACGUAUAGUGAAAUUAUCGCGUAGCCGACCUUUAGUGUUGAUUUAUCGUUUAUCAAGAUUCGAUUUUCAUACGAUUAUACGACAUAUGACUGACGCAUAGCUUAAAGCAGACGAUUAAAUUAAUUGUGUUAAAAGAAUUCGAUAAAAGACGGUUUCUAGUGAUCUGUCAAUUGCUUAAUUUAUUACCUACUUUAUAUCUGUAAUGUGAUAUUAAUGGUACUCAAAAUUGUCUUUUUUUAUUAAUUAUUUAACACAUUAAAUACAAUUAUUCAGAAUACUGUUUCGUUUUUUCAUUUAACCUUCCCAGUUUAAUUUCUGUAAAAUUCUUUUCUCUCAAUUUAACUCAACGCCCGCUGGCACUGAACAUGUUAAAAUAAAAUCAGUUAAUUUUCAUCAUGUUUAAUCUUUCUCACGUCUCACCUGUAAAACUAUUCAAAGUUUGCCUUCUGUUUCGUAUACAAAAUUCGAGUAGACAGUUUCUGACGAUCCUCCCGGCGGUGAACCUGUUAACGUGCGAUAAGUCGGCUGAAUCUGACAAGAACGUUUACCUGUUUCAACAAAAUUUCAUUCGUGACUAUUAUGAAACGUUAAGGUAUAUUUAUUAAUUCGCGAACAGCGCUGAUCCCCGUGUCGAAAGGAGUAGACGCGGUUCGAGGCAGAGACACGUUGCUUCUGUAUCCGCAAACAUGCGAAUGCUUAUUCGCCUUUGGGUAAACACGCGAAUUACGUUUGCUCGAGUCAAACGUGAACGCAUUAAUUAGGAAAUUCACGACCCCGUUCGUUACCCCAGCCAAUCGGCUUAUUUUUACCGGUGACGCAGGGUAAAUUCCCGAUCCCUUGGCAAAUUAAUUUAAUGAGAACAGUCGAAUACCGGAUGCGUUAAAUAUACUAUCCGCGAAUUAAAUCAUUUUUCGUGAUAGAUACUUCGAAAAAAAAAAAUCGCCAACUGCUCUCACGAGAAUUGACAAAAAAAUUGAUUUACCCACUUUCCAAAUGAACGUUGUUAUUUCGAUACGGGAGUCGCAAAAUAUUUGUAUUCUUCGUGUAAUCAACGAACUAAAAAAUAUUUCACCGUUCUGUAGUAAUUUCCAUUUCGUAUUUCAUACUUUUAGCUCCUUUUUUCGAGCCGUCAUUCGCGAAUUUCGGGCAUUAAUUGAUAACGGUGCGGGAUUUAAAUAUUCACUGGAUAAUUAUCUCGCAAUCGCGAGUUGAAUUUCAGCGAAUUUUCGAGAGCAAUAAAAGUACACUAGCAAAAUUAUUUUAUAAAUUAUAUUGUUUCGACGUUAUAACUUUGUGUUUCACGUUUCAUGUAAAUUCCUGUGUUAUUGUUACUUUAAUGCGUGAAAUUAAUUUAGCGGAGAUUUUUUCUCAACCAUAAGCGAAACGACACACGUGUACACGUACGACGUAGUCGCGCACUGUGACAGGGUUGAAAUACGUAAAAAUUUAAUUAAAAUCACACGUAUCAAGCGACGAAUGCCGAAUAAAGCUCGCGGAAACGUCCACGCAAGUUAUUAUAUAAAUAUUAAGGUAAUUCAAGCGUGCAGGGAAGUAUGUAUACGCAUGUAGUUUUAAGCUCCGUUAACGGGGUAGUUCACGUAUUGUAUGAAUUAUUCACGACUCUUC